CGCUCUGGAGACCGCGGUAUCGUCGGGUCUUGGUAGUAUCCGAUCCGUGGCCUUGUUUUGUGGUAUUCGUUGACCGGGUUGUGUCGUUCCAAUCGUAUGUUUUUUCACCAAAAAAUUGUAAAAAUAAAUUCCCGGUAUUAAGUAGAACGUACUAAUAAUACGAAUCGAUUCUAAUCGAACGUCUUGAUAGAAUUUUGAAUACACGCGGGUUUGAAGAAAGCAAGUGAACCCAGCUCCGGUAGAGGGGAGCAAGCAGUAUUGCUUGAUGGUAUAUGUAGCCCGCUCGGCAAAAUGAAAAUGGCGGUGUUCCUGUAUGAACGGAGCAACGGCCACUGACGAUGCUCGUUACGGUAACAGACACGUGAGCCAAAUCGAAUGUGGGAUUUUUACAUAUCUUGUGUGCAUUUACGAAGUUCGUUCAGUGUUAUAUCGUAGCGUAUAGAACGUAAAUGCGAGUAAAAUAGAAGCAAGCGCGAUUUUUUCCGUCGAUCAGGGACAAACAAACACGAUGGAGUGACACCGCGAAGUGUUGACUCCGUGGACAAGUGGGAAGUGUCGGCUGUUACAUUCGCGUACUUGGAGGACGAAAAGCCUUCAUGCCGAUGCCGGCCGAAUACCACGAAAACCACGGUAACCACGAGAACGCUAAUUUCGCUCUCGGGGCCACACAGGACGCCAGCAACAUGACGGCCAACAUGUACCGGGUGGGAGAUUAUGUAUAUUUUGAAACAUCUUCCACAUCUCCCUACCAAAUAAGAAGGAUAGAAGAAUUAAAUAAGACGGCAAGUGGAAAUGUUGAAGCAAAAGUUAUGUGCUUCUUUAGGCGGAGGGAUUUACCUUCUACAUUAAUCAUGCUUGCAGAUAAACAUCAGUGGAUGGAAGAAAAUGUUGUUGGUGCUGGAGGAGUUACAGAAUUAAGUUCUAAACAACGUCAUCAAAUGAAACACAGAGAACUGUUUUUAUCGCGUCAGGUAGAAACAAUGCCGGCAACGCACAUAAGGGGAAAAUGCUGUGUAACUUUGUUAAAUGAAACAGAAUCUUUACUAAGCUAUUUAAACAAAGAAGAUUCUUUCUUUUAUUGCUUAGUAUUCGAUCCUGCCCAACGUACUUUACUUGCUGACAAAGGUGAAAUUAGAGUAGGUAGUCGAUAUCAAGCUGAUGGUAUAGCGCCAUCCCCGUUGACACCUGCUGAAAGAGAAUCAGAUCCUCGUAGGUUGCAAGAUUUAGAAACUUUGGUAUGGACGCCACGGCAUUCAUUAACGGAUCGUCAAAUUGAUCAGUUUCUCGUUGUCAGUAGAUCUGUAGGCACAUUUGCAAGAGCUUUAGAUUGUUCAUCUUCAGUUAAGCAACCCUCUUUGCAUAUGUCUGCAGCAGCUGCGUCUAGAGACAUUACUCUUUUUCAUGCAAUGGAUACUUUGCAUCGACACAAUUACGAUGUUGCGAAAGCAAUGUCAUCUCUAGUACCCAGCACUGGUCCAGUAUUAUGCAGAGAUGAAAUGGAAGAAUGGAGUGCAUCCGAAGCGAAUCUUUUUGAAGAAGCACUUGAUAAGUAUGGAAAGGAUUUUUCCGAUAUACGUCAAGACUUCUUACCAUGGAAAACAUUAAAAAAUGUAAUUGAAUAUUAUUAUAUGUGGAAAACAACCGAUAGAUACGUACAACAGAAGAGGGUAAAAGCUGUGGAAGCUGAAAGUAAAUUAAAACAGGUUUAUAUACCAAACUAUAAUAAGACAACUCCGCCUACGACUGCACCUUCUGCGGCAACGAUUGUACCUCUUGGUAACAGUAAUAGUAACAGCAAUGGAAAACCAACUAGUGUUCUCAAUGGCAAUAGUAAUGGCAAUAUGGCAUCUGAUAACAGUGGAAUAUUAAUGGUUGGGGUUAGCGGAAAACCAUGUGAAAGUUGUCAAGUUAUGCAGAGUCCACAGUGGUAUGCUUGGGGUCCGUCGCAUAUGCAAUGUCGUCUUUGUCAAUCUUGUUGGACCUAUUGGAAAAAGUACGGCGGUCUUAAGGUCCCAUCGCGUAUCGACGAUGUUGAUUUGGAAAGAAAAAGAGGAUGUACGGGUUCGGACGAGGAAAGCAAAGGAAUUAGUGGUGCUCAUAGACCUCAUCGAUGUAGCAUUCCUUCUUGUGGUAAAGAGUUCAAACUUAAAGCGCAUCUGAGUCGCCAUUAUGCAAGUGCUCAUGGCGUUGAUUUACGUGGCAGUGGAGUAAGCGGAGGGGGAGGAGGUGGAUCUCCCAGACCUGUGAUGAAAACUCGAUCCGCAUUUUAUUUACGUACUUCAGCAUUAGCACGAGCUGCGCGACGAUUAUGUGCAGCUCAAUUACGCACACGUCACGCAGCACGAGCGCCUCAUCAACCUGUAAAUGCAGCACCAUUGCGACAUCUUUGCGCUUCUCCUCAGUUAACGUCAAAAAGCCCUGCAGAAUUACGUAUUUUAGCACGCGCUGUACGGCCUCGGCCUCGCCCUCGUGUAACUGACAUAGCGACGCGUUUAGGUGAUCACCCUGCACCACGGCAACCCGGGGAUUGGGAUUGGUUAGCUCUUACAGCCCCUGCACAACGAAAACAACCCGACCGUGUAUCUUUCCCCAGACCGCCAAAAGCACCAGAUGGAAGUCUAUUAUAUGAAAGAGUACCAAAUAAAGCUGAGGUAGAUAGACUGACGGUAACUCCCCCUCAACCGCAACCCAGUAUGCAAACGCAGCAAACAAUAUUAAAACGUACAAGACCUCCAUUCGAUGAGAUCAACGGAUCAGAUGGUAUUGCCCUAAGUGCAGGGCUCCCUGGUGGACCGCCUGCAAAAAGGGCUCACCAUUCUCAGCAGCUACAUCCAAAACAUGCUUUGGAACAUUCUGCGCCUGCUGUUCUUCCACUAGCACCACCUCUCAAUGGAAGGGCUGCUCACCCUCAUACUUUGCCUCAUGGUCCACCCAUAUCCAGAAGUAAUGCGCGCAAACAAGUAAUUUCAUGGAUGGACGCACCUGAUGACGUUUACUUUCGUGCUUCGGAUCAAACCAAAAGACUAAGAAGGACCCUAUCAUCUGUGGAACUUCGAAGAGCAGCGCGUAAACCAUGGCGUAGAUUACCAGCUCCGUUACAUCCUCCUCAUCCGCAGAGAGCAGUACGCGGCGAUGACAUGGUUGUCAUCUUGGACUGAAUCAAUAAUACAAUCAGUUGGACAAAUUGAUAAACAUUGAUCAGUUUGUUAUAAUGGAAUCAUACUGUUACUGUAAUUUUAAUGCCAGAGUCAACACACAGUGAAGAUAUUCCAGCUUUAUGUAUCGUCAUUGGCAGCUCUGACGUUGAGCAAGAAUCAUUCGCUGUUUGGAACUUUUUCGAUCAUUUUCAAAACAGCAGUUCGCCAAAAUUGAAGGCCUCCUUUGACUGAAUCUGCAUGAUGCAUUAACAUUGCUGAAACAUACUUCACAUGUACGAACGAGAAGCAACGACUCUGGAACGAACAUUCAUCGAAUCUUAAGAAAAAAAAAAAAUGAAAUCAAGUCAUUCACCAUGAAACAUGAUUUUCUAUUCGUAUUAAUUAGUUAUUGUUGUUAUUAAUAAUUAUUAUUAAUAAUUGAAUGUACAUAUACAUCAUACCACACAU